UACAAUUAAACCUAACACUACACUAUCAAUAAGUUAAUUACAUACAAAUAGGAUGAUGGACCUCUUCAGCUCCCGCUUGGAUCAAGACUUCAGCCGAAUAAUGGACCUCUUCAGCCCCCGCUUGGAUCAAGACUUCAGCCGGAUGAUGGACCUCUUCAGCCCCCGCUUGGAUCAAGACUUCAUCCGGAUGAUGGACCUCUUCAGCCCCCGCUUGGGCUUGGAUGAAGACUUCGGACCCUCUUCUGGACGGAUCAGUGAUACCCAGCGUGGUGAAGACAAGGAGGAUUAUAAGAAUGAAAGACUGCAUUGUAAUUGGAUGCCUUAGCUCCACCAAAAAAGGACGUUCUAAUUCUGCAGUUUCUCUUCAUGUUUUCCCAAAGACACAUGAGAGAAUCCGUCUUUGGCUUACACAAACCAACCAAUACAAUACAGAUGAGUUAGAAACUAUGGUACAAUUGGUCUAUGAUACAAACAAGGCCACAAGGUACAGAAUGUGCUCAUUGCACUUCCAUCCUGACUCCUACUAUACUCAUGGAGUGAGUAGGUAUUUAACAGAUACCUCCAUCCCAACCAUUUUUCCAUCAAGAAUUUUUCGACCUGGUACAUCAGUUUCAAAUACUGAACCAACUAGUGUUUCUAUUGAAAACACUAACUAUCCGUCAACAUCUACAAAUUACCCACCAUAUGUUUUUGAAACAAGGGAAAGGAUACAUGUAUGCCAUGCAUGUGGACAGAAUCUGAAUAUUAAGAAAGUUGAAGUAUCAACUAAUACAGAGAAAAAAAUAUUACAAGACCAAUCAACUGAAAUAGUAAGUGCUAAUAUUCAAACGACAACAAUUAUCAAAACAAAAAACAAAUCAAGCGACACUAAAAAUCUGAUAAAAUGCAGUGAUAAGUACACAUGGCCUAUGGGGGAUGUGUCCGAAGAUACUAGUCUGUCACUAUUUUCAACUGGUCAAAAAUCUGUUCAAUUUAAAAUAGAAGUACCUAGACAAUCAAUUACAGAAAUGGAUAAUACAAAUCCAUUGAAUGUAGCGAUUCUUGAAACACCAAAGAGGAUAUCAAGCUACACACAGACAGAUUGAAUCAGAAAACCAAAUGAAGACGAAAUAAUAGAGCUGACUGGUAUAGAUCAAACAGUUUUGAGUGUUGACCUCUCUCAGAUCCAAAAUAUGGAUGAAGAUCCGAAGGAUCAUACUUACAUUCCUGAAACUACUGAAGAGACUGCGGACAAAUUUUCUAUGAUUGUUGAACCUACCAAUGA